GCCCGAGGAAGAGGAUGAAGAUGAUAAAAACAAGAAGCUGCCAGCGAAAAGCAAGAAACUUAGAGAAAAACCCAGGUGGUCGUGUGUGGAUUCUUGUUGCUGGUUCAUUGGUUGCAUAUGUGUAACAUGGUGGUACUGUUGUUCCUCUACAACGCAAUGCCGGCUUCGUUUCCUCAGUAUGUUAAUAAGGCAAUAAACGGGCCAUUACAUGAUUCGCCAGGCGAGAAACUGAGAAAGGAGGCGCUACAGGCGAGGCAUCCAGUGGUGUUUGUGCCGGGGAUUGUAACGGGUGGGCUUGAGUUGUGGGAGGGACAACACUGUGCAGAGGGGUUGUUUAGGAAGCGGUUGUGGGGUGGCACAUUCGGCGAAGUGUACAAAAGACCUCUAUGCUGGAUAGAACACAUGUCAUUAGACAAUGAAACUGGAUUGGAUCCUUGUGGUAUCAGGGUCAGGCCUGUUACUGGACUUGUGGCUGCUGAUUACUUUGCUCCAGGCUACUUUGUGUGGGCUGUUUUGAUUGCUAACCUGGCACGUAUAGGAUAUGAGGAGAAAACCAUGUAUAUGGCUGCUUAUGAUUGGAGACUCUCAUUUCAGAAUACUGAGGUAAGAGACCAGACAUUGAGCCAAAUUAAAAGUAACAUAGAGCUGAUGGUUGCUACAAAUGGAGGGAAAAAGGCUGUUGUCAUUCCUCACUCCAUGGGUGUUCUGUAUUUUCUACAUUUUAUAAAGUGGGUUGAAGCACCAGCUCCAAUGGGUGGUGGGGGUGGACCAGAUUGGUGUGCUAGGCAUAUUAAGGCUGUGAUGAACAUUGGUGGGCCAUUUUUGGGUGUUCCAAAAGCUAUUGCGGCGCUUUUCUCAGCUGAAGCAAAGGAUGUUGCAGUUGCCAGAGCUAUUGCACCGGGGUUUUUGGACAAUGAUAUAUUCCACAUCCAAACCUUGCAACAUGUAAUGAAGAUGACCCGCACAUGGGAUUCAACCAUGUCUAUGAUACCAAGAGGUGGAAACACGAUAUGGGGUGGUCUUAACUGGUCACCUGAGGACGGCCAUGUUUGUCGCAGAAAAAGAGAAAAGAGCAAUGACACCCACAUUGUUAGUGGAACUGGCCCUGGAAGUGCAGUUUCUCAAACAAAAAGUGCAAAUUAUGGGAGGAUUAUAUCAUUUGGAAAGGAAGUAGCUGAGGCACCUUCAUCAGAGAUUGAGAGGAUUGACUUCAGAGGUGCAGUAAAGGGUCAUAGUGUUGCAAACAGCACCUGUCGAGAUCUGUGGACAGAGUACCAUGACAUGGGACCUGGAGGUAUUAAAGCUGUUGCAGAAUAUAAAAUUUACACUGCUGAAUCAGUAUUGGACCUACUUCACUUUGUUGCUCCAAAAAUGAUGGCGCGUGGCACUUCUCAUUUCUCCUAUGGAAUUGCUGACAAUUUGGAUGACCCUAAAUAUCAACACUACAAAUAUUGGUCAAACCCCUUGGAGACAAAGCUUCCAAAUGCUCCAGAAAUGGAAAUCUUCUCUCUAUAUGGAGUUGGCAAACCAACCGAAAGAGCUUACAUUUACAAGUUAUCUCCUGCUGCUGAGUGCUAUAUUCCAUUUCAGAUUGAUACGUCGGCUGAUGAUGAAGAUAGCUGCCUAAGAGAUGGAGUGUAUUCUGUGGAUGGGGAUGAGACUGUUCCUGUUCUUAGCUCAGGCUUUAUGUGUGCUAAAGGCUGGCGUGGGAAAACCAGAUUCAAUCCUUCUGGAAUCCAGACAUACAUUAGAGAGUACAACCAUUCCCCUCCAGCCAAUUUGCUGGAGGGACGUGGUAGCCAAAGCGGUGCUCAUGUUGAUAUAAUGGGAAACUUUGCAUUAAUUGAGGAUGUUAUAAGGGUUGCAGCUGGGGCUUCUGGAGAAGAUUUGGGAGGUGAUCAAGUUUAUUCUGAUAUCUUCAAAUGGUCUGAGAAGAUUGACCUGCAAUUAUAGUUUAAAGUGGUAUGUACCUUCACUGUUCUCCAAAUUCCAAAGAAGUUCAUAAGCUUACCAUGCUUUUAUCUGUUCUCUAUUCUUCCCUCUUCGUUUUUUUGCCCAAUGGUUAUUAUGUUUUAUAGUAUCCUCCUAAGCUAUAAACUGAUAGAAAAACUUUUUCUUGUGUGGUUUGAGUUUUUUAAAAAUUCUCCCAAAUUCAUAAGGCUGGUAGAACUUUGUUAAAUUAAUGGGCUUCCUUCAUUUUCAUUUGAAAAAACAACCGUCUGGGUUUUGAUUACUUGAGCUUCCUUUCCAUCUUGGCCAUGCUUCUCUGUUUUCUCUUUCCCUCUGACCAACCUUGGAACACAAAACCUCUAAAUACUCAGCCAGCAGGACUACAGUCUACAGAGAUGCCUGUGAUUACCUCUGCAGUUGUGCUGAUAAUAUUGUAAUCUUUUGUUUCAUCAAUCCCUUUUUCUGGAAAAUCAUUGCCCAGAUUUCCCCUCUUGCCUGCUGCAGGAUAUAGCUCCAAGUGGAUUUGACAAAGUGAUCAUGGGGAGUUCCUCAUGACUGCUCCAUUUGCUGGAACAAGGUUGCAGUAUAUAUUCUUUGCUCUUGUACCACUUAAAUUGUAACAUUAUUCAAAUUGAUUAUAAUGCUACUAAUCUGUAUAAUUU